AUGCUCCGUCGUGUGUCGACGCGCGUGUUGCCUGCGGCGUGCAGUGCGGCCCAGAACGUGAGCGUACGCUUCUGCCUGGCCAUCAAAGUGCCUACGAUUGCCGAGUCCAUCAGUACGGGUAAGGUGGUGAACUGGACGAAGAAGGUCGGCGACGCCGUCGCAGAGGACGAGGUGAUUUGCCAGAUCGAGUCUGACAAGCUCAACGUCGACGUGCGUGCGCCGGCGAACGGCGUCAUUACGAAGAUCAACUUCGAGGAAGGGGCUGAUGUCGAGGUCGGCGCGGAGCUGUCCACGAUGAAGGAGGGCCCGGCGCCAUCGGCGGCUGCACCGCAGGUUGCGGCAGUCAAGUCGGACCCACCCAAGGCGGCGGCACCUACGGCAGAGGCACCAAAAGCUGUAGCCCGAGCUGCCGCAGAGCCUGCUGCUACUGCGGCCGUUGCCAAGCCCGCGAUGCACGCCGUUGCCGGCGCGGACCCGCGCACGAAAAGCGUCCGCAUCUCCUCCAUGCGCCGCCGCAUCGCUGACCGCCUCAAGGCUAGCCAGAACACGUGCGCGAUGCUGACCACCUUCAAUGAGAUUGACAUGACCCCGCUGAUUCAGCUGCGCGAUAAGUACAAAGACGACUUCCACAAGCGCCAUGCUGUGAAGUUGGGGCUAAUGUCACCCUUCGUGAAGGCGAGCGCGAUGGCGCUCAGGGAUGUGCCAAUUGUGAACGCAUCCUUUGGCAAGGACACCAUCGACUACCACGAGUUCGUAGAUAUCGCGAUCGCCGUGGCGACACCACGCGGCCUCGUUGUGCCUGUGAUCCGUGAUGUGCAGAACAUGAAUUUGGCAAACAUCGAGACCGCCAUCGCCGACUACGCCGCGCGUGCGCGCAUCAACAAGCUGACCAUGGCUGAGAUGACUGGAGGAACCUUCACCAUAUCCAACGGUGGCGUCUUUGGGUCUUGGAUGGGCACGCCUAUCAUCAACCCGCCGCAUAGCGCGAUCCUUGGCAUGCACGCAAUCAAGAAAAAGGCGUGGGUGGUGGGCAACGAGAUUAAGAUCCGCGACAUCAUGGCGGUCGCGCUGACCUACGACCACCGUCUCAUUGACGGUAGCGAUGCGGUGACCUUCCUAGUCAAGGUGAAAAAUCUGAUUGAAGACCCGGCGCGUAUGGUGCUGGACCUCUCGUAG